AUGACGGCCCCCCAAUCGUCUAUCCCUCUUACAAUUCUUUCGAUGGCUCAAAGCGUCAAGAUACCCUCGUUUCGAACAUCCUUCUUGACUGUCGCAACGCUAUUUGCCGCACUUUUGAUCUACAGAAUCAUCUACAACCUCUACUUCCAUACCCUCGCUAAAUUUCCUGGACCGUGGUGGGCAGCGGUCAGCUCUCUACCAGACGCAAUUAUCGCCGCCCACCGAAAGGAAGUCACCUGGUUCAAUCUCUCAUCAAGAAAUAUGGAGGCAAGACUAAAAUUCACCAACCGUUCCCCUGAUCUCUCACCUCAUUAUCUUCCCCUGUAACUAACCCCUGAUUCAGCCGACACACCAAUCCGCGUCCAACCUAAUCUGCUUCUCUUCGUCCGACCAUCAGCUCUGAAACCCAUCUAUCGCGAUCCUGACACUAAUACUAAGUCUAAAAUUUACAUGUCUAAAUUUCUGAGUCCUACACAGGUCUUCUGUAUUCGAGACGGUAACAGACAUCGAGCUGUUCGAAAAGCCGUUUCUGGCGGUUUCACAAUCGGUGCUAUCCAGAAAACCUGGGAGAGUAAGAUUGAUGGCUUGAUUCACCUGUGGUUACAGGAGAUUACAGCGAGAGCGAAGCGAGGAGAGGAAAUAUGA